AUGGCUCGACAUUCUCGUUCAAGAAGUAGAUCUCGCUCUCCCCACAAAAAAAGAAAACAUUCACAUCGACAUGAUAGAAAUCGAAGUCGUGAACGCACAAAAGAUUCUAUAAGUGAGAAAUCUAGAGACAGGAGUCGGAGUCGUGAGAGACGUAGCGGUCGAGAGAAGGAUCGCCACAAGGAUGACAGAGAACAUAAACGAUCUAGACAUUCAAGAGGUGAUGAAAAGGAAGACGCACAUGUGAAGACACAGAACUUGAAAGGUUAUGAAGAUAAAAAGACACGAUUGACGAGAAGUUCUAGCCCACCAACUCACGAAUCUAAAAAUGCGAAUAGAUCUCCAAGUUCUAUUAUGGACACUUCUUUUUAUUCAUUGAAGUCUGAAGAUAUUCAUGCGACUUCUAUAUCAGAAAAUUCCAAUGGAGGUACAGAAUCGCAUGCAAAUACCGCAGACUUUAAGUCAUCUGAUUCGGCGACAUCUGCAACAGUAGCAGCCCUACUUGACCAAGAAGAGAAAAUUCGUCAGAGACGUGAAAGAGUUGAGCAAUGGCGAAAGGAAAGAGAAGCUGCUAAAUUGGCGGAAGAAGCAGCUAAAGCAAAGACAGAAACUAACACCGGUGAAUCUUCAACAGUAGACGAAGAGACAAAACAGAAUUUGAAUAAGGGUUGGACAUUAGAUGACGACGAUGAAGAUGAAACUAUGGAAGUUGAUGGCGCUCCAGAAUCCGUGGAUUUAAUGCCAAUUCCAAAGCCUGUCGAUAAGACUGAUUCUCCAGUUUCUCAAGUUAGGAGAAAUCCUUUGCUUGGACUCGGUAACAGAAAAUCAAAUUUUAAAGGCAAAGGUAAAGAAGGGACAGUUGAAGAAGAAAAAAAUUCUGUUUCGUCUUCCAAAGUUUCUAAUGCAGAAGAUACAAGCGAUCAAUUGACGCAAAAUAACAGUGCGGAUGAAGAUCCACUCGAUGCUUUUAUGAAAGAUGUGGAAGUUGAAGUGGAACAUUUAAAUGAACAAGACAAAAAGCGAGCAAAACAAGUAGCGAAAGGUAAAAGUCGAUAUGAGAAAUUGGAAUCUGUUCAGGACGAGGGUGAUGUAGAAGAAGAAGUUGGAAGUGAUCCAGAAGAUAUACUUGCACUUGCGGCUAAAAAGCUUAAGAAAAAAGAUUUGGCUGCCGUUGAUCAUGCUCAAGUUAAAUAUGAACCUUUUCGCAAAGAUUUCUACAUUGAACCUCCGGAAAUGCAUGAUCUAACACCCGACCAAGUAGACCUUAUAAGGGUGGAAUUAGGCGGUAUAAAGAUCAGGGGAAUCGAUUGUCCCAAACCAAUACAGAAAUGGACUCAUGCAGGGUUGCCCGCUGCCUGUUUGCAGGUAAUAAAAAAGUUAAAUUUCGAAAAACCCACGCCCAUCCAAUCCCAGGCCAUACCUGCUAUAAUGGCUGGUCGUGAUGUUAUAGGAGUUGCGAAAACUGGAAGCGGAAAAACGAUAGCUUUUUUACUCCCAAUGUUCCGCCACAUUAAAGAUCAACGUCCGUUAGAUCAAAUGGAGGGUCCAGUAGCUAUAAUUAUGACGCCUACUAGAGAAUUGGCAGUACAGAUUCAUAAGGAAUGCAAACAUUUUCUAAAAGGAUUAAAUCUUCGGGCGGUUUGUGCAUACGGAGGAUCACCGAUAAAAGAUCAAAUCGCAGAGCUAAAGCGAGGGGCUGAAAUUAUAGUCUGUACUCCAGGACGUAUGAUUGAUUUAUUGUGUGCAAAUUCUGGACGAGUAACAAACCUGAAACGAGUUACUUAUCUUGUUUUAGACGAAGCUGAUCGAAUGUUUGAUAUGGGGUUCGAACCUCAGGUUAUGAAAAUUGUCAAUAACGUCCGACCUGAUCGGCAAACUGUAUUGUUUUCUGCCACAUUCCCACGUCAAAUGGAAUCUCUGGCCCGCAAAGUACUAAAAAAGCCUUUAGAAAUCACAGUCGGGGGGCGCUCUGUUGUGGCGCAAGACGUAACUCAAAUAGUGGAAGUGCGAGAGGAUAGUACUAAGUUUGUUCGCCUGCUUGAAAUCUUAGGUCAACAAUAUAAUGAUGAUCCUGACGCUCGAGCUCUAAUUUUUGUUGAUCGGCAAGAAGCAGCAGAUAAUUUACUGCGAGACUUAAUUCGUAAAGGCUACCCGUGUAUGUCAUUGCACGGAGGAAAGGAUCAAUUAGAUCGUGAUAGUACUAUAGCAGACUUCAAGUCCGGUGUUUGUCAGUUGUUAAUUGCAACUUCUGUUGCCGCGCGUGGCCUUGAUGUUAAGCAACUUAAAUUAGUCAUUAAUUUUGAAUGCCCUAACCAUAUGGAAGAUUAUGUGCAUCGUGUUGGCAGAACUGGUCGCGCGGGUAAUAAGGGGACUGCUUAUACAUUUAUCACUCCAGAACAAGACAGAUAUGCUAUGGAUAUUGUCAAAGCGCUGAAAUUAAGUGGUGCUCCGGUGAUUCCUGAAUUGCAGAAAUUGGCCGAUGGAUUCCAAGAAAAAGUUAAAGCAGGUAGUGCCACGUAUUCGAGUUCUGGGUUUGGAGGAAAAGGUCUCGAAAGAUUGGAUGAAGCACGAGAUCUUGUCAAAAAAGCUCAAAGAAAAACUUACGGCGAUGCUGAUGAUGAUACGUCAGAAGAUGAAAUAGAAGAAGAUGAUCUUCUGCCUCAUCAAUCUAAGAAAGAUGAUAUUUCUGGUUUGGGCGUCUCUACUAACAUGUCAAAGGCCGCAACGGCUAUUAUAUCCGGUGCUGUAAAUGGUCAAUCCACUGACCCUGCUGCGAUCGCCGCCCUAAAAGCUGCUCAAGAAGCUGCGGCCCGUGUUAAUGCAAAAAAUGUUGGUGCCAGUGGCGUUCAAAGAGCAAAGGACAUUAUUGCUGAUAUCAACGCGCGUUUCAAGGAAAACAGUGUUCAAGGCACUGCACCUGAAGCUGAUAAGGCUGAAAAUGCCGCAGAGUAUUCUGUUGAGAUUGAAAUUAAUGAUUAUCCACAAAAAGCAAGGUGGAAGGUCACCAACAAGGAACAAAUAUCUCAAAUUACGGAACUUACAGGCGCUGCAAUUACAACACGUGGCACUUACUUUCCUCCUGGUCGCCAGCCUGCGCCUGGAUCCGGUGAGAGAAAGCUUUAUCUGUUCGUUGAGGGAGAAAAUGAAUACGUUGUUGAAAAAGCCAAAAAUGAGAUAAAGCGAAUAUUAACCGAAACUACGCUAAGUGCCAUUGAAGCCGAGGCUCGAAAUCCUGGAAGCACCUCAUUGGGUGGAUAUGGCAAGUAUACGGUUGUUUAA